ACGAAGAAAAGCCCACCCCAAAUAACCUCAAAUCUCUCAUGGUUUCGUCUCAGAAACAACUCUCAAUGUUGUUCCUCCCUUACCUCCUUCUCAUGCUCGUGCAACAAAUGCCUUGCCUCGCUACAUCUCGAAGCUCUUCUCUAGUGGCCCUUGCGGGUGCUGGUAACCAAACGGUAAAUGAGGAAGUGGAGGCACUCCUAACAUGGAUGUCUAAGCUAGACAGCGGGAGUCGCAAUACUUUGUCUUCGUGGAAUGGAAGCAACCCUUGUUCAUGGCGUGGAAUUGAUUGUGAUCCUCUGGGGAGCGUUGCGAAUCUUUCAGAUUCUGCCAUACAUGGUAUGCUUCACCAUCUCAAUUUCCCCCAUUUGCCCAACUUGGUCACCCUUAAGCUUGCCAACAAUCAACUCUUUGGGAACAUCCCUCCGGGCAUUAGCGAUCUUUCCAAGCUUACUCGUCUGAAAUUAUCUCGAAAUAAUCUUUCGGAAAACAUUCCAACUCAGCUCAAGUCAUUGCGAUCUUUACAACUUCUCGAUCUUAGGGAUAAUGAUUUGUCUGGCCCAAUUCCCAUUGAGAUAUUUAGCUUGAGCAACUUGACCGAACUAUACCUUUCAGUUAAUAAGCUUUCUGGUUUCAUUCCUAAAGAAAUAGGAAGGCCUGGGUCAUUGCGAUCUUUACAAGUUCUCGAUCGCAGGGAUAAUAAUUUGACUGGCCCAAUUCCCAAUGAGAUAAUUGGCUUGAGCAGCUUGACUGGUCUGUACCUUUCGAAUAAUAAGCUUUUUGGUGUCAUCCCUCAAGAAAUAGGAAGGCUUAAGUCUCUCAUUUUUCGCCACAUAGCGGACAACCGCAUUGAUGGUCCUAUUCCUUCUUCUAUCGGAAACAUGAGCAGCUUGUUGAAGUUAUGGCUUUUCCGUAAUCAACUAGUUGGGUCCAUUCCAAAGGAAAUAGGAAAGUUGGGGUCUCUUAGUGAACUUGACUUAUCUUCUAAUUAUCUCAAUGGAUCUAUCCCUACAACUCUAGGAAAUCUGAGUAAUUUGGCAUUUCUUUACCUCUAUGACAACCAACUUUCUGGCCCUAUACCUUUGGAAGUUGGAGGAAUGAGAUCCCUCAUACAUUUCCAACUGCUUAACUAAUGAUUUAACAGAUCCUAUCCUGUCAUCCAUAGGAAAUAUGAGCAAACUGAAUAUCCUUCAACUUUACCAAAAUAAGUUGUCUGGUCCUAUUCCCAAAGAACUAGGAAUGCUCAGAUCUCUCUCUAUA